CCCCCUUCUUACCGGAGUGAAAGGCUUUCUCCUCUUGAAGAUGCUCCUCUUUCCGUUGGAAGAGUCCUUCUGAGCCUGCAAAAAGUGGGGAAAGGAAGGCUUUUUUAAUCAGGCUGGUGUGAACUUGCUCUUUUCUGAAGGGAAUAAAAUCAUGGCUGGACAGAGGAAGAAAACUCCGGCUGCCUAAAUGGAGGACAGGCAUCCGGGCUCUGUGGGUGCCAUACACAGAGGAAGAAACCCCUUUUGAUUUUGUCUUGUGAAAAGUUUUUCAACAAGCACAGGGAGUUCGUCCAGAUUUCAAGCGCUUCCCCGGUUCGAUAUGCGCAGGGGCAUAAAUUCUCAAAGGUCGAAAAGGGAAGCGAGAUGCCGAAGACGCAGCAAAGUCUUGGAGUAACAGCACCCUGGACUCUCCAGUAUCGGCAAGGAAGGAAAUGUAGCUGUGACAAUCAGGGGCCUUCCUCUUCAUCUUCCACAAUGCCAUUUUGCCUCCCAGGAAACAAACGGUGCCUCAUUUUUUACAGCAACAACUGAAGUGGGAACUUUUUUUCAUUUUCGAAAUCGCCUCGAUCCAAGUGCUAAUGACUUGGGCUAAUGAGAAAACAUCUCAGAGUUUCUCUUCCGGCCUUGUCGAAGGAUGGGAGGUGGGCGUGCGUGCUGCACUCGAGAAGCCGGCUGUGAAUCAAAAUAGCCUGGAACAUCUGACUUCUUGCUCAAAAAUAACAGCUUUAGGAUUCUUGGUGGGGUAUUUGGGGGGAGCGUUGUUUUUGUACGUGUCUUUCUACUUGGACCUUGCAACUGCCUGACCUCCGUCUCUUGGAGGAGAGGGGGAAAUCUUGCAUCCGAAACACAGAAGCGGCCUUUGCUUCCAACAUGGAUAUCUACAGAUCUCCUUUGCUUCAGCAUAAGUUUUCGGUGGCCCGUCUAAUGGAGGAGUUUUUCUGGAUUGGUGGGAGCAUUGUGGCUACUUCCAAAUGGAAAAUGGGCCAGAUAGUGGAAAGAUGUAUGAGCUCAAUGCAAGCGGGUACUCAAAUGAUCAAGCUCCGGGGCAGUUCCAAAGGACUCGUUCGUUUCUACUACCUGGACGAGCACAAGUCUUGCAUUCGCUGGAGACCCUCCCGGAAGAACGAGAAAGCCAAAAUCUCUAUAGAUUCGAUCCAGGAGGUGUGUGAGGGGAAACAGUCUGAGAUCUUCCAGCGCUACGCGGAUGGCAGCUUCGACCCCAACUGUUGCUUCAGCAUCUACUACGGAGACCACAUGGAGUCCCUGGACCUGGUCUCAUCCAGUGGGGAAGAAGCCCGGACAUGGAUCACGGGCCUCAAGUACCUGAUGGCCGGUAUCAGCGACGAAGACAGCCUGUCGAAAAGGCAGAGGACGAGAGACCAGUGGUUGAAGCAAACCUUCGAUGAAGCAGAUAAAAACGGCGACGGUAGCCUGAGCAUCAGCGAAGUUCUCCAGCUGAUGCACAAACUGAAUGUCAACCUACCCCGGCAGAAGGUCAAGCAGAUGUUCAAGGAGGCAGAUACGGAUGACAACCAAGGGACUCUGGACUUCGACGAGUUCUGUGCCUUCUACAAGAUGAUGUCAACCCGACGGGACCUCUAUCUUCUCAUGCUCAGCUACAGCAACCACAAGGACUACCUGGAUAUCGAUGACCUAAAACGCUUCCUUGAAGCAGAGCAAAAGAUGAAUAAUGUGACCAGGGAACACUGCCUUGAAAUUAUCAAUCAGUUUGAACCAUGUCCGGAAAGCAAGCAACAAGGAUCCCUUGGGAUUGACGGGUUCACCAACUAUAUGCGCAGCCCAACUGGGGAUAUUUUCAACCCGGAGCACCACCAAGUCAACCAAGACAUGACUCAUCCUCUGAGUCAAUACUUCAUCACCUCUUCUCAUAACACCUACCUCAUGGGCGACCAGCUGAUGUCUCAGUCGAGAGUUGACAUGUACGCCUGGGUCCUACAGUCCGGAUGCCGAUGUGUGGAAGUUGACUGUUGGGAUGGGCCAGACGGAGAACCGAUCGUCCACCACGGCUACACACUGACCUCCAAGAUCCUCUUUAAAGAUGUGAUUGAAACCAUCAACAAAUAUGCCUUCAUCAAAAGCGAAUACCCUGUCAUCUUGUCCAUUGAGAACCACUGCAGCGUCGCCCAGCAGAAAAAGAUGGCCCAGUAUCUGACUGAAAUUCUGGGGGACAAGCUGGACCUGUCUUCGGUGGUCAAUGAGGAUCCCACUCAAUUGCCUUCCCCGGAGAGUCUGAAAGGGAAAAUACUAGUCAAGGGGAAGAAGCUUCCAGCCAACAUCAGUGAAGACGCUGAGGAAGGGGAAGUGUCAGACGAAGACAGCGCCGAUGAGAUUGAUGACGACUGCAAACUGAUGAAUGGAGAUGCCUCGUCCAAUCGGAAGCGGGUGGAGAACAUUGCAAAGAAAAAACUGGACUCUCUGAUCAAGGAAUCAAAAAUCCGUGACUGUGAAGACCCAAACAAUUUUGCAGUCACCAUUCUUCCACCAUCUGGGAAACUUGGCCCCAAGCAUGAUCUCAAAAAGAACAAACACAACGAAGAUGUGGAAUCCGGGGAAGAUUCGGUCAUCAGCAAACGCCACAACCGGUCGCUGAUGGGCAGCUUUUCCAAAUGCAAGAAAAAAGGCAGCAAACUCAAAAGAACAUCCAGUGUGGAAGAGGGUGAAGAUGAGCUUGAGAGUCAAGGAAAUUUAAGCAGGGCCUCGGUGCAUUACAGCAAAACCAGUCGGCAGAAGAAAACAAUGAAAUUAUCCCGCGCUCUCUCAGACCUCGUGAAAUACACCAAAUCUGUUGGGAGUCACGAUGUGGAAUCUGCAAUCUCCUCCAGCUGGCAGGUUUCGUCUUUCAGCGAGACGAAAGCUCAUCAGAUCAUCCAGCAGAAGGCGGCCCAGUACCUGCGCUUCAACCAGCACCAGCUCUCCCGGAUCUAUCCCUCCUCCUACCGAGUGGACUCGAGCAAUUACAACCCUCAGCCUUUCUGGAACGCCGGUUGCCAGCUGGUUGCACUAAACUACCAGUCGGAAGGGCGGAUGCUUCAGUUGAACCGUGCUAAGUUCAGUGCCAACGGGAACUGUGGCUACGUCCUAAAGCCGAAGUGCAUGUGUCAAGGUGUCUUCAACCCAAAUUCCGAAGAUCCGCUGUUCGGCCAGAUGAAGAAGCAGCUUGUCUUAAGAAUAAUCAGUGGUCAACAGCUCCCAAAGCCCCGAGAUUCCAUGCUUGGAGACCGAGGAGAGAUUAUAGAUCCAUUUGUGGAAGUGGAGAUCAUAGGCUUGCCCGUGGACUGCUGCAAAGAGCAGACCAGAGUUGUUGACGACAACGGUUUUAAUCCAAUGUGGGAAGAAACUCUGGUGUUCUCCCUGUGUAUGCCAGAGAUUGCAUUGGUGCGGUUCCUGGUGUGGGACCAUGAUCCUAUUGGGCGAGAUUUUAUUGGACAGAGAACAAUUGCAUUUACAAGCAUGAUGCCAGGCUAUCGGCACGUGUACCUGGAAGGCAUAGAAGAAGCGUCCAUCUUUGUUCAUGUAGCUAUCAAUGACGUAUGUGGUAAGGUCAAGCCAGCUCUGGGCUUAAAAGGUCUUUUUCUCAGAAAUCCAAAGCAAGCUUCUCUCGACAGUCAUGCUGCUGGCCAGUUCAAUCACAAACACUCCUUUAGCAGCCACAUUUUACGGCGAACGGCCAGCGCACCCACCAAGAGCCAGAAGAAACCCAAGAAGGGCUUCCCUGAGAUUGCCAUCGACACCAAAGACAACCGUUCCGAAGGGGCCAGCGAAGACCGCGAAGUUGGAGACUCCUCCCGCCCUCGUUUUGAUCAGGAGCCAGAGUGCCCGUCUCCAGCACCGCCUCUUCGAGACGAGGCCAACAGAGAGGUUCAAGGAAAGGGGUUGAAAGGUAAGGCCCAAAGUUUUGGCAAGAGUAAAAGCAGCCAAUCCCGUGUGCACAGGGAGGCGACGUUCAGCGAGCCCAUCCGGAGGUCCAACAGGGUCCGCCUCCAGGAGCCGCCAGACGAGAAGCAGGGGGUCUUUGGCCGCUGCGCCAUCAACGGAUCGGGUAGGAUCGGCAUGGCCACCAACUGCAUGAAAUGCAUGAUUGGCUCAAACGAGAGCCCCGAUCUGGAGUGCAAGUGGGGCGACCACUCUACUGUCUCCGGCGACACUCCGUACUGCAACCAGUAUAGCAGCCUAACAGAAGAUGAGGAGAGGGUAGAGCUUAAAAACUGGGGGAUCCAAGAGCAGCCUCGGGCCCGGUCAGAUCUGCAGCUUGGUGGUGGCUACGGGGCUACUGGGGACCUACCCAGGACCUGCCAGCCUUUUGCGACCUCGGGAAAGAAAAACGGUGACUCUAAAUGUCCCGGGGUGAAAGGUCAUUCUCGGCAGAGGUGGCAGGGCCAGCCCGGUGGCAAAUACGGAAGCACCGUCAACUUGGUGACCACCAGCAAUGGUUCAAUAUCCUCCAACUCCAGCAGCCUGGAGAGUUUGGGAAGCCCUGAAUUCCCCACACGCAGGCCUGAGAGCUCCAGGAAGCAGGCGGGCACCCUUCAGAGGGAAAUGAACGCCUUGUUUGCUGAAAAACUGGAGGAAAUUCGCAGUAAUUCCCCUAUAUUCUUUACUGAUGUCCGCCAAUUCUCAAUGCAGAGGUCAACCACUUCGUUAUGCAGCCUGGAGACCAUCACUGAAGAACCCUUUAUUGCCAAUGAGAACCAGCCAGCUGGUUUUUGCUUCCCUCUGCCCACCACCCCUGCCAGUGAAGGGUCUGUGCCUAACCACUCCCCUGAAGUCAGAUCAGAAAGAGGCGGCCUAUCGGAGGAGUUCGAGAAAGCUCCACUUACGUACUACAUGGUGGCAGUUCCAGAAGAAAAAAGGCCUCUUGCUGUCAACACAACUAGUGCCAGCGUGUCACGACAGGGAGACGUCCAGAUAAACAGCCAAGAAGAAAAUGGUGGGGGAAAUGUUCAUAGUGGUGGGAAUUGGCCUGACUUGCAAACUCAGGACAACUUCGUGUUGACCCACAGGUGGCCCCAUUCUGCUGGAAAUGUCCUGAAGCAAAGCGAGAACAUUGAGCGGCCCAUGGACAGCACCAGAGCCGUGCCACCACACCAAAGCAGCAUCGCACCAACUUCCCUUCAUGAAUCUCCCUCGGUAGCUCAAUCUGCUACUGUCCCCACAUCUCAUGUGAUAGUACGGCGGUCCAAGAGUGAAGGUCACAAACUUUGCGACUGCUCGAGACGUCCUGGUGGUAUCUCUCCAGCAGCUGAAGUGUACUCUGAUGCCACAUGCAAUGACCGUAUCUGGAGCAAACUAGACUCCAGCAACCACCGGGAUAGUAUGUCUUCCUCCUCUAGCAUGUCCUCCAACGACACGGUCAUAGAUCUCUCCUUGCCCAACCUUGCUCGGAAAAGCCUUCCGGACUUAGGCGUCCAAUACGAGAAUUUUGGAGUCACCGCCGAGAGAAGACUGGUGCGUCCGUGGUCUGCUAAUGCUGCCUCUGGGCGUGAAAUGGCCAUGGGGACCAAGAGCAAAUCCAACCCCAACUUGAGGUCAGGCCAACUGACAGAAGAUGAGCUGCGCCCCAGACCCCUAAUCAGGGGUUCUGAGGUUGGUUUGUUGUCCAUUCCCAAAAGGCACACCUGGAGUAGGCUGUACAUGGAUAGUCUCAGACAGUCAUGUCUGAAGUCCAAAGAUCCUGAAAAAGCAGAGACCAGCCAGGCCAAAUCCAAAAGCCUUGGAGACCUUACCUCAGACGACAUCUCGUGCACCUUUGAAAGUAAGUAUCGUAGCAUCAGCAGGAGCUUCGUCACCCGUUCCAUGAGGGAACAGCGCCGCUGUGCAUCCGCCAGGCCCUCCACCAGGCCCCCUGAUGAGCUAACAGAACGCUUGAAGAAACUGACCACCUUCCAGCUGGAAAAUGACAUCACUUCCCCCACUAGCCUCGAGCCAAUUGAAUCCGAGGAAGAAGACGAGGGGAUGGGCCUCCUCCGAAGGUCCUCAUCUCGGAGCCAGAGCAGGGUGCGGUACAUCGCCAACCGGGCCAAGCAGGCGCAAGAGAGGCAGAGACUGAAAAACCUGGCUCUGGUCAACGGGAGUCCCAUCGAGGAGCGGGGUAACCCCGAAGGAGCCUGCAGUUUCGCAAGAGGGGCCUGUAUGGACUCAGCUUCCCCCAGUCUGUUUACAUCCCCGCUCAAGAAUCAAACUGACUUGAAAGCCGAGACCGUCUUUAUGUACAAACUCUAAUGCCGGGAAGGGCUGAAUGAGGUCGUUGUUUACAUUCUUGUCUGAGCAAAACCAACAAAAGAAUUUUGUUUAUUUUUGUAAAAAUGCACAAGGUGCAAACCGCCCUCCUCCUGAGAGACCACUUUCUCCUUCUUCCAGCCUCUCAAGGACAGUUCCUUGUGAUAAAAAUAAAUGCAGGGCAUAACAUUCAAUAUGAAAGGGGACAAGCAGUAUUUUCCGGGGACAGGGAAUGGCGGUUCUUGAAAUAUCUCGCUCUGUGAUCCCCGGAAGGCAUGUCUUAGCAUGCGCACAACCGUCCUGUCCUUGUUGUGGCUUAUCUUUCUUCAGCUACAAACCCAGUAAGACAGAGUCCCUCGCACAUCAGAAACCGUCCCCUUUUGUUGACUGUCAUCUGCUUCCUUCAUGAUUCUCACUGGAGUAGCUGCAACCUGACUUCACCUGUGGGAGGGAUGGUGAUAAUCAGCAGAUGCCAGGAUUUGGUGUGUGUGUGGGGGGGAUGAAUAGUUUUCAGAGAGUUAAACCACGGUACAAUCUUUGCCUUGUAAUAAUCUAUUUCUUUUGCCCACUGCAACCUCUGGUCCAUUCCAGAUGUUUGUUAGGCUUGGCGAUGGAUUCCCCCCCCAAAAAAGAGUGAAACCCAUUUAUUGGCACAACGAGCAGUUUCUGACAAGUACUUCUCAGUCCUGUCACCCAAACUACAAUUCCCACAAUUCCCCAUGGCAAAGCCAGUUGAAAACUGAAUGUAGAUUUCACUCUCGCCCAUUUCUCUUCCUUGGUUUAACGUUUGUUUGUGUGCAAGAAAAAUUGUCAUCUUCUUUCCCAGUCACAUUUCGGCUAAACAGCUGCUUUCGAAGAAGAACAUUGGCCUCCAAACAAGUAUUUGGCUUCACCUGUCUUUUUUGGCUGCCACGGCUAGGCAAUUUAUGGGUUCUCGACUUAUACAUAUUACAAGUGUCAAUAUGAACAACGGCCAUUUUGUUUCUCUCUGAGAGUUAUGGCUGCCAUACCCACCAUUGUUGCUUGAAAUGGAGGACAACAGGGGUUUCCAACUCUGAGACAUGUGGGUAACUUUUCAGUGAAUGGAGGGGCCAUGCUAAGUCACAGCUGCCGUGCCCCACCAGUCUCUUCACCCACUUUCUCCUCUGUUCCUGAGGUGCCUCUCCCAUCUUUCUCUGAUCUGAGGUACCAAAUUUACUUAGAUCAGUUGCAGUGACUGCAUCAUUUUCCUCCUUGUUCACCUGUGCCCAGUAGGAUUCCCCUUUUCCUCUAGAUGGAUGUGCGUUGGUGAGAGGUAGUGGUGGAAAAUGCCACCACAUCACUUUUCAAUCCACUUUCACAAUUGUUUGCAAGUGGAUUUUGCUAUUCCGCACAGCUGCAAAGUGCAUUGAAAGUGCAUUAUUCUGCAGGCGCAGAAGGGACCUCAGCCUGUGUGUGGGCAGGCCAUGGCAAACCACCUCCAAAUGUCUUUUGCCUUGAGAACCCCAUGGGAUCACUUGAUGGCAUACACACACACACAAUUAGUGAAGUGCAACCCAAAUCUCUCAGCAUUCCUUUUUUCAAGACUAAUUUCUUUGGUCACUUUUUUUUGCAAUAAGGGGGAGUGGCAGCUGGAAAAAAAACCCAGGUGGGCCAUAAUAACUUAAAAUGAGGUGAAUUAAAUCUAGGUUGUUGUGGGUUUUCUGGGUUGUAUGGCCGUGUUCCAGUAGCAUUUUAUCCUAGGAGAAAAUUAGGAGAAAAUGCUACUAGAACACAGCCAUACAACCCGGAAAACCCACAACAACCUAAUGAUUCCAGCCGUGAAAGCCUUCAACAAUACGGUGAAUUAAAUCCAUUCUGUACAACUUAAAAGAUUCAGCUGUACAUAGCACCUGCUCUGUGGAAUGCCCCUUUUCCUGUUGUUUUUCCUGUCUGUUUUUGCACUGCCAUGCAAAAUACAUUUAAAAUAUAUAUAUUUAAAUAUAAAUAUAUAUAUAUAUAUAUUUAAAAUUAGAGCAUAUUAUUUCUGUUUAGAGUUAAACAGAAUAACUUUUUUAAAAAAUUGUUUUAAUUUUUUCCAUAAUUAUCAGUUAUUAAUAAUCAAUGUACAUUUUGUUGAGAAAGAGAAAGGGGGAGAAUGUUUAUCAAGAUGCAUUUUUUAAAAAAAAAACUUUUAAUUUUCAGCCCUUAAAAAGGGAUAAGGGAGGGGCGGGUUGGUUAAGGGCUUCUUGUUUGUAACAUUUUCUUCUCUGUAUAUUGCAAAUAAUUUAAAAUCUGUUUGUAAAACCAUCUGACACUACUCAAAAUAAAGAUGUAUUUA